CAUGUCCUUGAAAAAGCUGAUACGAGAGUAUGGAAAACAUCGAUGAUUAACUUCGCCACGUCAUAUCCCGCCUUCAUGUUUCGAAUAAAUUUCUUACAGUAUCACUAAACGAAAUGAAUAAAAUUAACGGUAUGGCUACAGAAACGUACCAAAUUACAGUUAACAGUCCUCGAACAUUACAUAUUGGAACCCAAAACAUCACGACAGAAUGCGAUCCUGAAACAAACAAAAUUCUUCGGAAAUCAAGGACUAGACUGCAAAAUCAUUAUAAAAGAUCGAAUGCUUAUAUGAGAUCUUUAGUGAGAAACAACAAUUGCAAGGAUAAUGACCUUUCCAUAAAGGAGUACUUUGUAGAAUUGAAAUUAAGAGAAGAAUAUGCUUCAAGAAACAAAUUAGGAGAAAUCCUUCGUCUAGAACAGGUAUUUGCAAAAAAAGAUGAAAACCAGACAAUUCUCCUUAUAGGAGAUGCUGGAUAUGGUAAAACUUCGCUUUGUAAGAAAAUAGCCUUCGACUGGGCAUCAAAUGAACCUGCAGGUUAUCUAAAUCACUUCUAUUUCGUUGUCAUCAUUGACUUACACGAACUGGAUGAGAGGACAUUGUCGGACUCAAUCAUGGACACCAUAUUUGAAAAUGUUCAAAGUGAGGAAAGACCAGACUUAUUUGACUACAAAAUAAACAUUCUUAUAAUGAUAGACGGCUACGAUGAAUUUGCAGAUAAUAAAGUAAUCGAAAAACUCCUGAACGAGGAAUCAGUAGAAAUUUCAGAGAAAAUUACUAUAUUAAUUACAAGUCGCCCACACAAUGUGAAAUCCAUAACGCGAAAUAUGGAUUUACGAAUUUCAAUUGAAGGAUUUACUGAAGAUAAACAAGAGAUUUACAUACGUUCGAUUUUCGAAGGUCAAAGUUCCUGUUGUGCCAAUCUCAUAAAUCAUAUCAAUCAGAAUUCUUUUUUAAAAAGUAUUGCCGAAUGCCCUCUUAUGUUAAACAUAAUAUGCGGUUUGUAUCAAGUUGAAGGAAUCAGAUUGAUCAAAAGAUUGACUGAUUUAUAUUAUCGAAUGAUGUUUCAAAUUACCAAAGACUUUCAAGCGAAUUACGAAGCACACGACUUACUGGAUACAAAAAUUUCCAAAGAAAUAAUCGAUUUACUAAUUAAAUUAAGUAGAACAUUCCCCUAUCCGCUUAAUUAUAAUAACAGAAUCACAAAACAGAGUUUAAAAGAGUGUCUACAGGAUGAAGAUAAAUUAAAAUCCAUCGAACGUAUUCAACUUCUAUACAAGUGUCCAGCCUAUUACGAUAUUAUUCACGAAACUUUUCACGAAUUUCUUUCUGCUCUUUCGUACAGGGAGUGUUCCGAUUUAUCACCGAAGUUAUCAAAUUACGCAUUGCUCUUUUUGUAUGGUCUUUAUGAUAAUGUUACCUUACAAAAAAUUCCAUCGACUUGCUUCCAAUUCAAAACAUUAGAUUCCAAAUUUAUAGAUAAAUUAUGUAUUGAAUCACACAACACAAAUCGAAACGAAAUUAUAGAGUAUGUUAGAUCUUUAGAAUAUGUUAAUUAACUGCUGACUUAUAUGGGCAUAAAUGAAACAUAAACUUGAAAUAUAAUAUAAUUACGUACUUCACGUUCAGCAAUACACGUAAAUUUAAACAAACAUUCAUCCAUUAAACAAGGGUUCUUAUAUACAUUUAUCAUUUUUUAACAGAAAUUUAUUAUUGCCUUUAUGAAUAUAGGCAAAAAACUAGUACAGUAGAGUCUCGAAAACUCGGCGUAAUAUGGCCUAGUUUGUGAAAAUGCCGGGUUAUCGGGAAUGGGGUUAAAAAAAUAAGUAUGAGUGUUUCCUCAGAAAAUACUGCA